AUGGACCAGCCUGCGGUCUCCCCAUCAGAGUUGAGAGAACGUGCGGUCUCCUCUGAGCCUUGCUCCACCCGACCGAACCCUUUCGAUGACGACGGCUCCUCCGCCCGCAAGCGACGUCGAACUUCCCUCAACGGUGCCUCGCCGAGCCACUCUGUCGAGACACCCACGGGUUCACCACACACCAAUACACGAGGCGAGUCGGAGGACAGAGACGCUGCCAUGACCAUGGAUUCUGCUGCCUCGGAGCCUCGACUAUCGGAGCACGAGGCCGACCAACAGCAGUCUGGCUCAGAAACAAGACCGACUAGGAUCACACUGAACCUGAAAGCUGCGAAACAGGCCGUCCCAUCUGGGCCCUCCUCGCCUACGACGCCAAAUGAGGUCGACAAGGAUCUCAUCGGAUCUCAAGAGGAGGGAAUUAGGGACAGUGUGGAAGACGGCGACGCCGAUGUCCCGCCGACCCAGUGCAUCGAUGGUGCUACCUCAACAAUGGACACAGACAACCCUCCAGUAGAAGUGAUCCUCGACACUGAUGAUGAAGACCAGGAUGGGGUACCUGGGAUCACUAUACUCCAAGAGAACAACCCCAUGCUCGAGUUUCCCUACCUGCCCACCGAACCUCUGUCGGACUCCCUGCCAAAGCUUUCACUGCUCUCCGGUGCUAAACUGGACGAGGGCUGGCAAGAACCUGCCUCAACGCCAUUUGUUACGUACUUGCACGCUCUCUUGUUGUCUCAUCCUAAAUCCGGCUCGCCAUCGCCGCUUGACUCCUUAUACUGCAUUGGCUUCACGCUGGCAGAUCUGGUGACUCGGUUUCCUAGAGUGCUUGAAAGCUUGGCCGGCAUUGCGCAACUCGCAUCUUUUCUCGCACGGGGUGAACUGGUUGGCGCUCAGAGAUCCGCGUUGACCCCCGACUCUGAUUCCUCCAAGCCAUGCCUUGGGCAGGGUUACAAGCUCUUUGAUGCCAUAUCGGGUGCUCUGGCGGCUUGUAUCGACAAAAGCGUCAACCAGAUCGCACCCAAUACUGCGACUGAGCUACUGGCCGGCCUUGCGGAGAUGCUACGGUUAUGUUUGCAUGGAGAGUCCGAGCAAGCCCAGGAUGUAAUCAAGAAACACAUGCUUGAGCAUCCUGAGAUACCUCCAACAGAGACGGUGAAAGUCAUCGUGAAUGAAUGGCGCUUAGCGAUGCUCACGAAGCUCAUCAUGUCGAGCCAGAUGCAGCUCAGGAUCAUGGCAGCCCAGACCAUGUGUGCGGACAUGGUACGCAUCUGGAAGGACUAUCAUGAACAAGCCAUCGAUGUCGCUCAGCAGCCAGUCCUGCGCCAUUUCUCCAGCCAGCUGGUGCGGUCUCAAGUCGUCUCGUACGUUCUGGGUCCUACCUGUCACCCAGAGGUCACGGCCCAGAGCUACAAUAUCAUUGGCUUCCUGUUCGCGUCACAUACCUUCACGGAGGAUCAAAUGGACGAGAUGUGGCGCACAGUAACCACAUGCCAGAUUUCGGGGGUUUCAGAGAGUCUCUUGAUGAUGAUGGCUAAUAUUGCUAACCUCUUCGGGAUGGACGACUUUCUCUGCGUAUUCCGAAAACUGCAGACAGUUCGAAUCGAGAACUUCAACGCAACGAUGAAGGACUUCUGCGACAGGGUCAUGUCAUACCUCAUCGAAGGCAAUGAGACCAUUCAGGACCUGCUGCCUUAUUCACUCAUGUUUAGGCUACUGAGAGAAUCUUCCGCUCCGGGGCCACCUUUUUACCGAAUUAUUCAGAAAUGGGCGUCGAGUCUCGUUCUGCAGCUCCUGAGGCGUGGACCCUCCCCGGAAGACCGGCAGCUACUGAUCCAGGAAUGCCUCAAAGAUAUCACCGAGAAGUCGCGCUAUACUCUCGGCAGUUUGCACGGACUAUUACUCCUGUGCCGACCAGGCAAUCGAGAGCGGGACCUGCAGCAGCUCACAGAGCAGUACAACCUGCCACAGCUCCUAGUUGACGAGCUUGAGCACGCUGUUAGUUCACGGGCAGACGUCGGUGUGGCUCACCUUAUUAGUGGGCAGGAGAACGCCGCUCGCCUGGAGCUACUCACGAGCGUGAUUCUUCAUGGGCGUGACAGCGAUGCUGUCUCGGAAGAACUUGGUCGUAAACUUUGGGAUCUCCUGGUUGGCCCACUCGCUGCGUCACAAGAAGAUCGCGAUUGUGCUUGGCAGAGUCUAAGCGCUGCGAUGAAGUCGUCCUCAGGGAGAACUUUUGUGGAGACUUGUUUCAAUGACUACUUUCCAACGCUGUCGCCCGACCUUUUUCGCCCUGGAUCUCUGGACUUCAUCCUGCAGAGGAUCAUUCCCUUGAUCAACAGCGACAGUAGCUUUGUUCUUGAGGACGAGGAGUCCAGGAACCGCCUCGGCAUUGAGCAGUUAUGGCGAAUUGCUCUCACAGCUCCAACCGACACGAUUGAGCGACGGGCAAUAGUAGCUCUCGUUAAAGAUGUCUACUUGGAAAAUCGAUCGAUCCAACAAAUGCCGGUGCAUCGUGUGCGAAAAUUUCAUCUGGCCCUUGUCGAUCGAUGCAUGCAGCAGUUGUGCUCAGCCGCAAAGCAUCUGAUGGCUGAACCGGAGAUGGGCAAGAAUGGUGAGGGCGGCGACGCGAUGAUCACCAGCCAUGAUGACCAAUCAGCAUCAGAGCAGGAAAUGCUCUUCACGCGCUCAUUGACAAUCGUUCGUGAAUUCCACAAUCUUCACCAGCUUACACCACGCUUCUCGUCUCCCGACCUGAGGUCACUAGUCCUCCCUCAAAACAACGACGUGGAGGGGGACUCGGCCGAGCUCAAAUUCCAGUCAUUUGACGGGGACACUCAGACGGAUGUGAGGCCUCUAUCUAUUGGCCGCCGAAAUACUGCAGGAUCUUUGCUAGCCAGCAUCCGCGACGCGACUGGCUUCGACAACUAUCGCUUGUACUAUAGGGGUCGACCAUUCACCCCAUCAGAGGGAGACAUCUGUAGGUCCCUGGAGGACCUUCAAAUUCACAAUGGAUUGAUCCUGGUCAAGCGCGAGACGGAUGCGGAUGAGUACCCCGUCCACGUUAGGCCAGGGGCGUCUCCGGUGGAGAUCGAGAUCAUGAGGCACUUCGAAGAGCUAUGGCAAUAUCUGGCAUUGAAAGAGAAGCUGGCUAGCGAGUUGUACGCUUUCCUGAUCACAUUGCCGGUGGGCGACAGGAUAAUGAAUAUGGUGGCAAAUGAGCAGACACCUUACAGCGACGUCUUCCCCAUAGGCCACCCGCUGAAAUCGCUUUACGCACUACACGUGAUACGAGAGCAUCUGAGCGCUCGGCGGUCUCUCGCAAAACCAUCUCAGGAAAACGAAGAGUAUGACAGCGCUCUGCGGCGAGCCUUGGCACUGGUAGUUCCUGCGCUCUCAGACCACGAGGUGAUCGACGAGGUCUCUGGCGAGAAUCUGCGAGCUGCUCUCGCGUCACGGCUUGUAGAACAGUUCCUUGCAAUCUUGAGAGACCCCAUGCGACCGACAUCGACUACUGAUUUUCUCGACGCAGCCCUGAUCGAGAGGCUUGCUCAAAUACUUUCUUCCUCUCUGGAAGUGGAGCCCGCCUCAUUCGUCGACAAUCUGACCAACGUCGCCUUCAGGGCCAUCAUGGAUACAUGUUCUCUGAAAUGGGAGCUCUGGGACUUGCUGCAAUCGAAGAUGGAUCUUCAGCAAACUAUUCAGAGGUUACUCGUUGAUGACACGAGGGACAUUGUGAGGAAGUCGACAGCGGCUAUCAUUGGCGAUAAGGUCGUGAACGAUCUCGGUACAUCUGUGGUGCCUGCGACAACUUUCAGGGAUGUCUUCCGGCCGUUGUUGAUAGACUUGGUUCCUCGUGCACUGGCGCAGCCAACAAGGUCACUUGAGGUUUUCAACCUCCUCGUGAUCGUGUUCCGUUCCGAGAAAGAAUCAGCACCACCGAGUAUUGAUAUACAUAAGACAGUGCAACGCUUGAAUGAACUGUUACUCGCCUACAGUCCUUCCGAGAAACCAAUCCCGGCUCAGGGCAUACCACCUGGCGCUAUCGACUUUGGCGCUUUCGGCCUUGUCAACUUGUUACAUAGGCUUUUGUGUGACAAUGUUGAUGGGGAUAUUGCUUCAAGCCUCGAUGCUAGCUCAGGAAUAGAUCUCUUCUGGGGUCACUUAUUCCCACGCCGCCAGCCAAUGCCAGAUUUACUUUGGCACCACGGCCUGAUCUACCAUGAGACCACCAGGCUCCGCCUCAACGAUAUUGUCCUCAAACUUGUCGGGAGAAACUUGUCGCAGCUGAAGCAUUUCUUUGCUGAACUCUCGCACUUGGUACCAUGCAGCACGGACGAUCGAGCUGAUGAAAAAAUCUACCGCUACGAUUUGCCAUUUGGCUUUGACAGAUCGAAGGAGAUUCGUGCCGCAUGCGGUUAUGCAGGACUGAGGAAUCUGUCAAACACCUGCUAUCUCAAUUCUCUCUGCACACAACUGUUCAUGAACUUCGACUUCCGGAAGUUCAUACUUAGUGUACAGGUCGACAGGAGAGAUUUCUCCCGUUCUCUGCUUUGGGAGACACAGAGCUUGUUUGGACAGCUACAAAGCAGCCACCAACGCUUUGUAGACCCAGAAUCCUUCGUAGCCAACAUUAAGACGUAUGACGACGAUCUAAUCAACGUCCAUAAUCAGAUGGACGUGGAGGAAUUCUUCAAUCUUUUGAACGAUCGGUUGGAGGGCCAACUGAGCUCGUCAGAAGCCGUGCGAACCUUUCGCACUUUCUAUGGCGGACAGUUGGUGACACAGACAAAGUCCAAGGAGUGCGACCACAUCUCGGAGGUCAUGGAGCCGUUCUCGGCCAUUCAAUGCGACAUCAAGGGCAAGAAGAACCUCCUUGAAAGCUUGGAAGCCUAUGUGGAUGGCGAGCACAUGGAGGGCGACAACAAGUACAAGUGCUCAACCUGUGAUCGACACGUUGACGCUGUCAGGAGGUCGUGCCUGAAGGAGAUACCCAAUUCUCUGAUCUUUCAUCUGAAGCGUUUUGACUUCAAUCUCCGAACACAGUCGCGCAGCAAGAUCAACGACUACUUUGCGUUCCCAGACCGCAUCAAUAUGCGACCGUACACCGUUCAAUAUCUGAGCAACCCGUCCGGAGAACUCUCAGAAGACUGGUUCGAGCUCGUCGGUGUCCUUGUCCAUGCUGGGACGGCGGAAUCAGGACAUUAUUAUAGCUUCAUUCGAGAGCGACCAACAUCCCGCAAGGAUGAGAGUUGGUUUGAAUUUAAUGAUGAUGUCGUAUCGCCCUGGCACCCAUCGAGGAUGGAGGCUUGCUGCUUUGGCGGCUCGGAGUCAUCUUGGGAUGCCGGUGGAGUGGCGUAUGAAAAGAAUUACUGCGCCUACAUGCUCUUCUACGAGCGGUCAUCGACAAUUGAGAGGAAGCAACAAGAACUACAUCAAGUUGGAUGGACAAGCCCCGUACAGGCCAAGAUCUCUACACCUCUUCAUUCACUCAUUCGGGAUGAUAAUCUACGACUGCUGCAGAGGCACUGCUUGUUUGAUCCCGACCACAUUCGAUUCGUGGACUCCGCCAUCGAGCGAAUGCAGGAUCUGAAUGACGGCACAUGCUCUCGGGAACACGAGACCGAGACAUUAGCGAUGCAAAUAGCCAUCGCACAUUUGGAUCAGGUUGCUGCUCGAGUGAGGGACGUCCCUGAAGCCCAAAAAUUGGCCCAGCGAAUCAGGGGAAUGGUCGAGGCGUGCGGAACCUGUGCUCUCGUUAUGUACGGAUACCUCAGCAGUCACACCGAGGCGUUCCGCAACCUGAUGCAACGAAAUCCGGAAGUCAUUGUCCGCAGGUCUACGGCACAAAUCAUGAUGGAGGCCUUGAACUCCAUCAAAUACACGUUCCCAGGGAAUUACUGCAUAGGGGCCCCACCAACUGAAGAGUAUCCUGAUGAUAUCGUCAACGGCGUUUGUGCCAUGUUCGAACAUCUCUGGGAGUAUUUUCACUAUCCCAGCUUCCACCGAUCGUGGCCGGAGGUCUUCGAUUUGAUGGCCACAUUUGUGUACUCUGGAAAGGACGAAACUUUGGCCUUUUUGACCCGCGGCUUUCUGUCGAAGACGAUGCUCAUCUUCAUGGCAGAGUACCUGGACGAUGACAAACGAGACGUACAAUUCACCAAGAUGUGCAACUUCUUGGCCCGCAGACCGAACCGUUCGCCCUGCUAUGCAUCUGUCAUCGAACUUCUCCGGGGCGUGCUCACCCAGAUUACUCCUCUCAAUCCUGUGCAUGGCGAGGUGGUGCGCGAAGAGGCAUACCUGGAGCACCGUGAUGAGCCAAUCCGGCUUACCAUGCUCGAGCGCAAACUCUUGGAUCAGACACUCGAGGUUGGCGGCAAUGCUCUGCUGGACAAAGUCAUCCUGCUCAAUCAGAAUGUGGAAGCUACCGACGCCAUCGUAGCCCAUGUUGUGGGCCAGAGGUGGCCAAUUGAGACAGAUCUUCUCGACACGUUGAUCUUCAACACCACGCCACAGGAUCAUUACAUCACCUAUGGUCCAUAUCUUCGAGCAGCGGUGGUGUUCUGCAGAGUCUGCUACAGUCCGGAGUAUAUUGACAAACUAAUCGACCAUGUUGCUAAGCAGAGCAUCAUCUUGUCCAGAAGCGAGCCCAAGGCGGUGUGGAAGUUCUUCACAGAAACAUUUACGGAGACUCGUUUUCACUCGGGCGAGUCUAGAGUCCAGAUCUACCUGCAGUGCCUUAAAUAUCUGCCAGAUUGGGCACCAGCGUUACUUGCGCAGUACGAUCCUGUCCUCAGCCUCCAGGUCGAAACGCUGUUGCACGACAAGGUCUUUCAAUUUGGAGCGAACUCGAAGAUUUCAGAUGCGGAGGGGGGUACAGAGGCUGCCGAGGCCAUUGCAACGUGUGCCAAGAAAUUCGGCAUGCAUCUCUGCGAAUACAUCAGCGAGACUUGCAUCAAAAGCAGUCAGACCGUCUCUAGUCAGACCGUUUCUCUGGUUUCGCGUGUUCUUUCGCGGUGCACCCCUUACUUCGAUACCAAGGACGAAGCGCACGCAGAAGAAACACAAAAAUACCGAAGAAAUUGUGGUGUCGUUAUGGACCAUUUACGCCGGCUGAGCGUAGACGACCUGGACGAUGAGGGGUCUGACUGGGAGAACUCCUUUGCCUCAUCCGACCAGAUCGAGAGCCAACCAGAUGAAGACAUGAAGGAUUUGGACAUGUAAGGUCUCCAAGGGGAAGAGUUGGAGAUGGAUUAAUCGCUGUUUGAUUAGAAGUGGGACGCGCAAAUGGUGGAGUUGGGGAGCAUGGCAUUUUCUUUUUUUCUUUUUUUCUUUUGAACGAAACUUCAAGGAGUUUACACCGGCUGCUACAAUGUCCCGGUCAUGCACGAAUGUCUUUUGAAAGCGAAAUCAUGAAUCACGAAACGGCGUACCUAUCAGCACAUGCACAACAGGAAUAUGGGCCAGCAUGGAUAAAGAGCAUUGGUUGUCGGGCAAGCUGGCGUCAGGUAUGAAAGAGCCUGUUUAGAUGCGCGGAUGGAAGACAGAGACAUCUCAUGGAACGAACCGAAUUGAUUAUUCAUGCC